AUGGCUGGGUGUCGCACAGACUGCGUUGAGAAGCCAUUCUCCAUUGGAUUUCAGAAGUUCGGUCGUUUCGUGGGAAGGCAUCCUUGGUGGUUCUUUAUCGGCCCCCUGGUCAUCUCUACGGCGCUCGGGACUGGGUUUUAUUUCCUUGAGGACAUGGAGGCCAACAACAUUGAGGACCAAUUUACACCAGUGAAUGGACCCGCAAAACUUGAGAGGAAAUUUGUAGAAGAGAACUUUCCGCUGAAUAACUCGGUGUAUUCAAACCAGAGACUGUACACCAUGGGGGAAUUUGCAUCCUUCAUAGCGGUCUCAAGAGCCCCCAACAUCUUCACCGAUGGAGCCAUCAAAGAAAUAUUAAGUUUAGACAAGAAGGUCCGGGAAAUAAAACUUUCGAGAGGUCAUGAACAGCUUACAUAUGAAGGACUUUGCGCCAGAAAAGCCAAUAAAUGUAUUCCCAAUAAAAUAUUAGAUAUUAUGAAUCAUUAUGGUAGCAACAUUGACCAGACUGAACUCACCUUUCCAUUUUUCCGUUUUGGAUUCACAACAAAUUUUCUAGGAUAUUCUGUUGGUGGAGUUAAUGUAAACUCAACAGUCAUAAAGAGUGCUAAAGCAAUACGACUUUUUUAUUUUCUGAAAGAAGGUAACCGCUCUACAACAGAUCUGUGGCUAAACGAAUUCCUCAAGGUUUUCCCCUCCAACCAGUCACUGAAUUUCAUCACGGUAAGUAGGCCUUGGCCUUAUAACAAUGUAGCCAAACAUGGAUUAAAUACAUAUUGUAGAAUUUAUUUAUUUAUUGGCGGUAGGGGGGGGUUCAAUUAUAAUUUCUCCAUGUCAAAUUGACUUUGAGUCUAUGGCCAGUAACCUAUAGGCUAGGCUAAGCAACUUUAGGUCUACAAAAUGCAAUCAAAUCAAUCAGUAGCUGCCUUUACCUUUGUGGUUUACUAUGCAGUUUUUAUGAUGACUCUUUUUGGUCCUCCUAUAUCUACCUCCUAAUUAGUAUGUCUUCGUUUUUAUAGAAAAAAAAUGUCUAACAUGAGAUUGUGCACCAUUUGUAAAAUAUGCAUCCCCAUCUCAUAGUCUUUCACACGGAUUAACACAUUGGACAAACUUUACAUAAAAAAAUAUAUAUAUAUAUUGCUCCUCUGCAUUUGUUUUAUGGAAUCUUUACUCUUGGGUUAAAAUUAUCCUGCACCAGAAUUACUCCACCAUAUGAUGACGAGUACCACAAAAAAUCACAGAUUAGUCAGCUUGUGGCUAGUAUAGAGGGUGCUGACAGUAUUCCAUGGGCCAUGAAGCAUGACUAAUUGCACACUGAAUAGCUGUAGCUGUUAUCUUUGUCUUUGAACUGCAUGCACAUAAGAGGACACUAUUGCAUGAUUGUGGCUCAUUCAGAAUGGCCAAGUCUUACAUAAAUCAAUAGCCAUUGUUCUUCCUUCACUUGGAUGAGUCUCUUGGCAGCAGGCCAGAGAUGAGAGAAGAUGGCAGCGAGAUCAGCCAGUUCAUUUGUUGGAGAGAGCAAGCCAGUGCAACAUCUAUUGACCAGUGUAUACUGUCAUUGAGUGCAUUGCUUUUCAGAGGCUUACUGUACUACUGUAUACUGUAUGUGAAUGGAAGAGUUAUCCUAUGGCACAGGCUGAUGUCUUUGGUCAAGUGUGUGUGUGCGUUUUUGGAUGGUAACGUUGACAGCAUAAAUUAUGACAUGCACUGAUUUUGCAUUUCAUCUUCCCAGGUUACACAUUCUACAUCACUGUCUAGGCAGGUGGAAUUCGAGGCCAACACCAGGGAUGUUAUCCCCUUGUUUUCCAUUACAUAUGUUAUCGCCAUAGUCUUUUCUAUUGUGUCUUGCUUAAGGUAUGUAUGUGUUAUAUACAUACAAUACACAGCAAAACUAUUAUGAUGUUCAUCAAUGACUGACCUUUGUGAUUCUUUGAUUCACAUAGACCCAAGGUCUGACCGGUAUGUUGUUGUUUUUCAACAGGUUUGAUUGUGUGAGGAACAAGGUAUGGGUGGCCACAUUUGGAGUAUUAUCUGCAGGGCUUGCUGUGCUGUCUGCCUUCGGGAUGAUGCUGCAUAUUGGAGUGCCUUUUGUAAUGACUGUGGCUAACUCACCCUUCUUGAUAUUGGGUAAGGAGCUAUGGAUACUUUUCAUAUUGCUUUGAUCAAAUCCUGGGUCCAUGACUCUAAGUCGGUUUGGAUAAAAGUGUCUGCUAAAUGGAAUAUAUUAUUAAACUGAACAAAAAUACAAACACACCAUGCAACAAUUUCAAAGAUUUUACAGAGUUACAGUUCAUAUAAGGAAAUCAGUCAAUUCAAAUAAAUAAAUUAGGCCCUAUUCUACGGAUUUCACAUGACUGGGAAUACAGAAUGCAUCUGUUGGUCACAGAUACCUUAAUAAAAAGGUAGUAACGUGGAUCAGAAAACCGGUCAGUAUCUGGUGUGCCCACCAUUUGCCUCAUGCAGAGCGACACAUCUCCUUUGCAUAGAGUUGAUCAGGCUGUGAUUGUGGCCUGUGGAAUGUUGUCCCAGUCCUCUUCAACAGCUGUGCGAAAUUGCUGGAUAUUGGCGGGAACUGGAACACGCUGUCGUACACGUCGAUUCAGAGAAUCCCAAACCUGCUUAAUGGGUGACAUGUCUGGUGAGUAUGCAGGCCAUGCAAACACUGGGACAUUUCCAGCUUCCAGGAAUUGUGUACAGAUCCUUGUGUCCAUUAUCAUGCUGAAACAUGAGGUGAUGGCGGCGAAUGAAUGGCACGACAAUGAGCCUCAGGAUCUCGUCACGUAUCUCUGUGCAUUCAAAUUGCCAUCGAUAAAAUGUAAUUGUGUUCAUUGUUCUUAGCUUAUGCCUGCCCAUACCAUAACCCCACAGCCACCAUGGGGCACUCUGUUCACAACGUUGACAUCAGCAAACCGCUCGCCCACACGACACCAUACACGCUGUCUGCCAUCUGCCCGGUACAGUUGAAACCGGAAUUCAUCCCGUGACUUCUCCAGUGUGCCAGAGGCCAUCGAAGGAGAGCAUUUGCCCACUGAAGUCAGUUACGAUGCCGAACUGCAGUCAGGUCAAGACCCUGGUGAGGAUGACGAGCACGCAGAUGAGUUUCCCUGAGACGGUUUCUGACAGUUUGUGCAGAAAUCCUUUGGUUGUGCAAACCCAUAGUUUCAUCAGCUAUCUGGGUGACUGGUCUCAGGUGAUCCCGCAGGUAAAGAAGCCAGAUGUGGAGGUCCUGGGCUGGCGUGGUUACACGUGGUCUGCGAUUGUGAGGCCGUUUGGACGUACUGCCAAAUUCUCUAAAACAACGUUAGCGGCGGCUUAUGUAGAGAAAUUAACAUAAAAUGCUCUGGCAACAGCUCUAGUGGACAUUCCUGCAGUCAGCAUGCCAAUUGCACGCUCCCUCAAAACUUGAGACAUCUGUGGCAUUGUGUUGUGUGACAAAACUGCACAUUUUAGAGUGGCCUUUUAUUGUACCCAGCACAAGGUGCACCUGUGUAAUGAUCAUGCUGUUUAAUCAGCUUCUUGAUAUGCCCCACCUGUCAGGUGGAUGGAUUAUCUUGGCAAAGGAGAAACACUCACUAACAGGGAUGUAAACAAAUUUGUGCACCAAAUUUGAGAGAAAUAAGCUUUUUGUGCGUAUGGAACAUUUCUUUGAUCAUUUAUUUCAUUUCAUGAAACAUGGGACCAACACUUUUCAUGUUGCGUUUAUAUUUUUGUUCAGUAUAUAUUCAAUUUUUUAAAUAUGAUCUUUCCUCUGCAGGUAUUGGUGUUGAUGACAUGUUCAUCCUCAUAUCCUGCUGGCAGCAGACCAACGUUCACGCUCGGGUGGAAGACCGCUUAGCAGACACUUACAAGGAGGCGGCCAUUUCCAUCACCAUCACCACCCUGACGGAUGUGUUAGCGUUCUACAUCGGACUCAUGACUCCAUUCCGCUCUGUGCAGUCCUUCUGCCUGUACACCAGCACGGCCAUCCUGUUUUGCUUCCUUUACAGCAUCACCUUCUUUGGGGCGUUCCUCGUACUGAAUGGGAGGCGUGAGAACAGCAACAAGCACUGGCUGACGUGCAAGGAGGUCCCUGAGGAUUGCCCCGUGGGUCGCUCCAAAUGGUACAACCUGUGCUGUGUGGGAGGAGCUUAUGACCGCCAUACUGGAGCAGAGGAAGUACAGCCCAUGAAUCACUUUUUUAAGAAGCACUACGGCCCUUUUCUGGUAAAGCCCUGGACCAAGGUGUGCGUAAUCCUGCUCUAUUCAGUUUAUUUGACCAUCAGCAUUUAUGGAUGCUUCCAGAUACAGGAGGGAAUUGACCUUCGCAAUUUAGCUGCUGAUGAUUCAUAUGUGAAUAGGUAUUAUGAUGACGAAAAAGCCUACUUUUAUGAGUAUGGGCCAAAUAUCAUGGUAAUCAUAAGGGGUGAAUUUGCAUACUGGGAGGAAAAGAAUAUGUUGGAUCUCGAAUCUUGUGUAGAGGACUUCAAAAACCUGGCCUUUGUUGAGAAAGAUAUCUUUACAUCCUGGCUGAAAUCAUAUAAAUACUACGGGUACCAUACAAAUCUGAAUUUGAGUGUUGAAAAUGUUUUCAAGACUAACCUAGGUUCGUUUCUGAGAUUCUACUCUGACUUCAAGCAAGAUGUAAAUUUCACUAAUAAUUCCAUCCGUGCCUCACGCUUCUUCAUCCAGACUGUCAAUAUCACUACUGCCAUUGAUGAAAUGAAUAUGUUAAACAAUCUGCGAGAUACUGCUAGGAGAUGCUCUGUCCCUCUACUAGUAUAUCACCCUGCCUUUAUAUACCAUGAUCAGUACGCUGUCAUAGUGAGUAACACUGUUCAGAAUAUCUCAGUCACCACAGCAGUCAUGUUAUUGAUCUCCCUCCUACUGAUUCCAAACCCUCUCUGUUGUCUGUGGGUGACAUUCUCUAUUGCUUCUGUCAUUGUGGGCGUCACUGGUUUCAUGGCAUUGUGGGAUGUUAAUUUAGACACCAUAUCAAUGAUCAUUCUUGUUGUCUGCAUUGGAUUCUCCGUGGACUUCUCUGCACAUAUUUCCUAUGCCUUUGUUUCCAAUAAGAAGCCAACUGCAAACGAGAAGGCAGUGGAAGCGCUGUUCCAUUUGGGCUAUCCCAUACUUCAGGGUGCUUUGUCUACCAUACUGGGAGUGAUAGUGCUGUCUGCUUCCAAGAACUACAUCUUCAGAACCUUCUUCAAGAUCAUGUUCCUUGUCAUCCUUUUCGGGCUGUUCCAUGGCAUCACUUUUAUCCCUGUCUUUUUGACAUUCUUUGACUUUUGCAGUGGCAACUCAGGCAAUGUCAGUACUCAGGAGAAAAAGGCGCUGGAAAAUCAAGCCAUGACCAACUGCCAGCCCAAAAACAUCCAAGAGAAAGCCAUUGACCACGACAAGCAAAUCUAUGACAAUCACACAUUCCUGCCAGACAAUCAACAAUUAUUCCAAACACAGCCCUGUCCCUCAGUCUGGACACUGACUGUCAACACCCAUCACACCCAAAGUGGUCAGAUGUGCAUGGCAAGCACAGUUCCCAUGUUCAGAGUUGAUAGUCAAACAUAUGAAGUUCAGAUGUACACAGCUAGUAAUGACACUGUCACGGUCAACUGUAACCAAAAUCUGGGGUCUGGUGAACAUCAUUCUGUGAUUGGAAAUAACCAACCACCAGUUUUACAGGAGUGUAAUGCCCCGGUUAUCAAUUGCUCUGAUUCUGCAGAUCCUGUUCCUUGA